GGAAAUUUUACAAAAUUCUGAUGACGCAAAAAGCACCGAACAAACUUUCAUUUUAGAUCAUAAUACUUAUCCUACUGAAAAAUUAUGUGAUCCAAGACUUGAUAGAUAUCAAGGUCCCGCACUUUUGGCCAUUAACAAUAGUAUUUUUCAACCAGAUGAUUUUAAAUCUUUGUUAAGUUUGGCUAAUAGUGAAAAAAGAAAUAAAUUUGAUAAAAUUGGAGUAAUGGGCAUCGGAUUUAAUUCAAUUUUUCAUAUUACUGAUGUCUGUUCUAUUGUUUCUGGGUCAUCUUACGUUUUAAUCGAUCCUCAUGCACAUGGUUAUUGCAAUUUAUCACCUGGUCAAAGAGGUUUCAAAGCCGAUUUUGUUGAACAUGACCUAGUUAAUAAGUACCCUGAUCAAUUUAUGCCCUUUUCAGUAGCUUUGAAUGGCCAUACUAAUCCUGAACUUUUAUAUCAAAUUGAUAUUACUAAUGCUAAAGAAAUUUCAAAUAAGAGAAAGUUAUUGGCCAAUAAUAUAAUCUCCAUGAUAACUUCUCCUUUAACUUCUGGAACUUUUGAAACUACUUACAGAAUGAACUUUUGUCAAAGUUCUAAUCAAGGUAGUAUUAAAAGUGAAUGGUUAAUCAUCAAUUAUAUUGCUGAUUUAAAUGAUGAACAUUAUAUGAAAUUUAAGACUUAUAUUCGUGAUUGCAAGUUUGUACCAAAUGUUGGUUUAGCUGUACGAAUAGAUGAUGUAUCAAAAAAUUUAGGAAAACUUUAUUGUUUUUUACCUUUACCUGGAAAUAAAGAUGAUUUUUCUGUUUCAAUUAACGGUUGUUUCGCCGUCAGCGCAUGGAAUAAAUAUUUAUUUGAAAAAGUCAUCCCGAUAGCAUGGAAAAAACUUUUAUCACAAGCUGCAGAAUGUAUAUCAUUUAAACAAAUUUACACACUUUGGCCAAUACCUAAAGAUGGAUACUCUCGAAGAUUAGAUGAAAACAGUUGUUUAUGGGCUAAUCUAUUACAAAAUGUUGUCAAUCAAAUUGAUCCUAAUCUUUACGUUUUUCGUGGUCCUUCAAAAUAUUUAUCAAUAAAUAAUGGAUAUUUGACUGAUAACACAUUUAGUAAAUCAACAAUUUUAUCCGAAAUAAUGACAAAAUUGGAAUUUCCUAUUUUUGCAAAUAUGCCGGAUUCAAUUGUCUAUACGUUAGAACAAAACAUUUCAAAACACAAACCAAUUUUAAAGUAUAUUACUCCAGAAAUUGUUUGUGAAUACAUUCGUUAUAACCUACAUAGGUUAAAUAUUCUUUUUCGUCAAGAAAAAUUAAUUUUGUUGGAAUAUGCUCUUAUGACUAAAGAUAUUUCUAAACUUUAUGGUCUUCCUUUACUUCCAGUUGGAAAUCGAACUUUUGCUACCUUUGGUCCUCAAAAUCAUGACAAAUUUUUUAUUGUUAGUAAAUAUGAACAUACCAUUAUUAAUGUUGAUCACUUAGGAAUAAUUGUUGAUACAACAAUUGAAGAAAAACUUUUAUCAACUUUACAAAAUUAUGCAGAAAAUAAUAUCAACAUUAAUGUUCAAAUUCUUUCCGAAGUUGAUUUAACUCCAACUUUAACAUUAUUGGGUUCAACCUUUGUGGAUAUUGAAUUUGAAAAAUAUAUAGUUUCAAAUUAUGAAAGUCUUAAGAACUAUGUAAUUGAGAUCAAUAACGUAACGGCUGUCCUCUUAUCUCUUAAAGAAAACCAUUCUUUUCCAUUAAACAUUACUCGAACAAUUUUUUCAGAUUCUCAAAAAGAGAAAUUAAUCAAUUAUAUUGGUGCUCAUUUACGUUAUGAAUCAUCUUUUGAUCAGAAUAUAAUAGAUGUAAUCAAGUACAUCCCAAUAUUUAAAGAAAUAAAUAAUGAUAAUUUUAUAAGCAUUGAUUCAUUAAACACAUCUGGAAAAAGAUAUUAUUUACUCCCUAAACAAGACGAAUUAUCAUGCGGACUUAUUAUUUCACCUUACGCAUUUUUGGAUGCUCACACAUCUGAUGAUAUUCGUUUUAUUCUUGAAAAAGUAAUUCAAGUUAAAAGAUUGGAGCAAAGAGAAUAUUGGAAAGAUCACGUUAUCUCUUAUUUAGAUUCUCAAACACCUUAUGUUAUGGAUCAAAUAAUCGUAAAGCUUUUUGAGAAAUGGAACAUUAUUAAACCUUUUCUAAAUGAUCUUUCUCAAAUAAAGUUUGUUAAAACUUGUUCUGAUCGAAAAAGUCCGAUCGAAAUUUUUGAUCCUGAUAAUGAACGAAUCAAAAUUUUAUUCUUUUCUAAUGAACCAUUCUUUCCUAAAAAAGAUUAUCCAACUCAUGAUUAUCUUUUUAAAUUACGUGAAUUGGGAAUGAAAAGAUCUAUGACUGGUUCGGACAUUGUUGAUCGAAUAGAAAAUUAUAAAAAAUUUAUAACAAAAAUACAUGAUUAUGAUGAUUUUGUUUCUAUCCAUGAAAAGUCACUUUUACUUUUAGAAUAUAUUGAUGAUCAUUACGAGGAAUUAAAAGAUGAUGUUUCGUUUAAGGAAAAACUUCAAACAUUAGUAUGGAUUCCUACCUUUAAACCAGGACCUGAUAAUCAACGUACAUUCUCAAAAGUUUCAGAUUGUCGAGAUAAUUUACAUCAAGAACUUGUUUCAUAUACAAUACCAAUAGUUGAUGUUAUGAUAAAAAAUAAAAAGUUUCGUCAAUUUCUUGGAUGGGAUAAAGAUCCACCAACAGAAAUUGUAAUAAAACAAUUAUUACAUUUGUUAAAUUUAAUGAAAGUAACAAGAAAGGAAUCUAAACAUUCUCUUAGAAAACGAAUCAAUGCAAAUUAUGAACAUUUAAAUAAUAUAAUUAAUCAACCAGAUGGUGAAACUCAUUUAACUCUUUUAAAACAAAAUUUAUCAAAGAAACCAUGGAUUAUGAAUGAUUUAGAAGAUUAUGAUCUUUAUUUUACUAAGAAUAUAGUAUUUUCUCUUCCAAAGUUUAUUCCAUAUGGUCAUUUUCUUCCACUUUCUUGGCAUAAUAGAAAGAAUUAUUCAUCGCUUUUUGAAAAACUUGGUGUUAGAAAAACACUUGAAACUCAAGAUUUUAUCAAAAUACUUCAAUGUGUUGAUUUUAAAGAUCCAAUAAAUAGGAACAAUAUAAUGACAAUAAUUAAUGUAUUAUCAAAAAGUGGAGAUGAUUUAACAGGACUAUUAAUUCCAAAUAUGAGAUGUCAGAUGGUAGAUUAUAAAAUAUUAUUUUUUGAUGAUAUGGGUCCAAGAGUUAAUAAUACAAUGAAAAAUUUUAGUACUUUGGCACAUUCAGAAAUUUCUAAGGAUCUCGCAAAUAGAUUACAGCUCAAAAAUUUAAGUGAGUCUCUCUUGAAAAAUAUGAUGUUUGAUUUUGGGCAAAAUGAAGAAGUAACAACAAGAUUGAAAAAUAUUCUUAGGGAUUAUGAUCGUAAAGAAAUGAUCUUUAGAGAAUUUCUCCAAAAUGCAGAUGAUGCUUAUGCAACUCGAUUCUGUGUUAUUCUUGAUGAUAGUGAAUAUUCAACCAAUUCUUUAUUAAACGAAGAAAUGAAAUGUUGGCAAGGACCUGCGAUAUGGAUAUAUAAUGAUGAACAAUUUACUGAUAACGAUUUCAACUCUCUUUGUAAUCUUGGAAAUAGUCACAAAUGGUCAAAACAAGAUAAAAUUGGAAAAUUUGGUGUUGGAUUUAAUUCAUGUUAUCAUUUUACAGAUUUACCACAAGUUAUAUCAAAAUCAAGUUUAAUAAUGUUCGAUUCACAAAGAAAAUAUUUAAAUAGUAGUGGGGCUAGAUUUGAUUUCAAUGAUUAUAAUGAAAAUCAUGUCUUCAAUAAAUUUGAAGAUCAGUUUGAAUCUUUUAGGAAACUUAAAGGUUGUGGGUUCAAACUUGAUUAUAAUGUAGAAUUCAAGGGAACUUUGUUUAGGCUGCCACUUAGACAAAAUGGAAUAGAAAGUUCUAUUUCAGAUAAUGUAAAUAGUAUUGACGAGAUUAUUGAAUUAUUGAAUAUUUUAAAGAAGGAUGCAAUGUCAGAAUUGAUAUUUCUACGCAAUGUAAAAUUUUUUGAAGUUUUUAGAAAAACUAACAAGGAAACUGAUCCAAAGCUCUUAUGGAAGGUUGAAGUCACAAAAAAUAAUGAAAAUCGUAAAUUAUAUGGAAAAGAAUCGCAAAUAUUUAAACUUGAUGUUCAAUUUUCGGAACAAACAAAAUGGUUUGGUAUAGCAGAAAAGAAACCGGAAAAGAAAACAUGGCUUAUAAGUUCAGGAAAAAAUGAUUUUUCUCUAAACAAACUAGGUACAUGGGGUGGAGUAGCUGUAUCGAUGCCUGAGAAACCAGAAAGUCCAUUGUCAUUAAAUGAAACUACUCAAAAUGGAAAAUUUUAUUCGUACCUUUCACUUACCAUUCCCUCAGGACUCUCAGUAAAUUUGCAUGCAAGUGGUUGGGCACUUUCAUCUGACCGAAGAAACAUUGUGUUUGGAAGUGAUAGUCAAGCAUGUGUUAAGGAUGAUGCAAAAGCAACUCAAAAUAAGAAUAUCUUGGACAAAAUUCUUCCAGAACUUCAUGUUAAACUUUUUGAAGAAUAUUUAAAAAUAGAAGAAUCUUCUAGAGCUAGAUUGCAAAAAAACUCCGAUUUUCAAGGUAUUUUACGAUUAUGGCCAAUCCCCGCAAAUAAAAAUCCAGAAAUUUCAAAAUAUGGAUUAAGCGUAAUCCAACUUGCAUCUAAAGGAGGUUAUAAAAUAUUUUGGUCAACACUUGACGGUGGUACAUACGUUAAUUUCAAUGACUGUGUCUUUUUAACUAAAAAAACACCUCCAACAGAAAUUCAUCAGGCAAUUAUUAGCUUGCUUCAUGAUCAAGGACGCCCUACAGUUUUAAUAGAUGAUAAACAUUUAGAAGAAUUAGAAAGUCUAAAUCCUCAAAAAGCUGAUUCCCCAUUUAUUCGAAGCAUUUUGAAAAAUAAUGAAUUUUUAUCAAAUAUUCGAGAAGAACACCUAUUUAUCAUACUUAGAUAUAUUCUUGAAGAUAAAAAAUAUGAUGAUCUCGAAAAUAUUCCAUUGGUUCCAUUAUUUGGCAAUCAAUUCGGAAAAUUUGACAAAAAUAAAGCAUAUUACAUAACUUCAAAGGAAGAGUAUAAAUUGUUUCAUAAGGCUGGUCCACGUUGUUUUAUUCCAACUGAAACACUUAAGACGCAAAAGUUAUUACCAUUCUUUAAUGAUGAAGAUUUCUGUAAUGCUACAAAUAUUAAAAAGUUUGGAGAGCCAACAAUUAAUGGUCUUCUAAAUCAAGAGAUAGAUAUUGCUUCGGAGCGAGAUUGGAAUCCAUCUGGUGCAUUGAUUCCAAAUCAGCAAUGGCUUGAUGAAAUAUGGAAACGUAUCAUUGACUCUCCCCUAGAACCGUAUAGUCCAUUCCCUUUAUUAGAAGUUUAUGAUCUGAAUAAUCAACGUAACCCUUAUCUUAUUAGUUUGAAAAAUGCUGAAUCCAAACCCUUAAUUCAUCAUAACUCUUCAACUAAUUCUGAUAUAAAACGAACAUUGGCAAAUCUUGGAAUUCGUUUCACUAAACAUCAAUAUGAUAAGAAACUUUCUAAAUAUAUUUACGAGUUAAAUCCAUCUAAUGUUUUAUCUGCCAUAAAAAAAUAUCAAUGCGUUGAGAAAAAGCUUUUCAUUGAUAAGAAAGAUAGGGAAGUUCUAUGUCAAUAUUUUUGUAAUGAUAUGAGUUUAAAUACAAGAUCAGGUGGUUACACGUAUAAUCUAGCAAAUGAAAUAUCAAGGUUACCUAUAUGGAAAACGCAUACUAAAGAUUCUGAUGGAAAUCCAAUAUGUAAAUCUAUUGCGGAUAAUGAUGUAUAUAUAGUUCCCACACCCACAAAUUCACAUAAUGAAUUUACAUUUUAUACACCGAAAAACAAAGCUGUUUAUUACUAUGAUACAGAAAACAAUGGCUUUAUGUGGACAUUAUUAUCAGGUGCACGUGCUAAGUUGCGUGAUAAAUUAGCAUUUGUUAGAGAUAUUAUUUCCUCUGAUAUGGAUGAAAUUCCUCAAGAUUUACAAGCAUCUUACUUGAAGUUUUUAAAUGAAAUAUUUGCUGAUGCUGAUAAUAUCUAUGGAUUAAAGGAUUAUCUAAAAGAUUUAAAAUUCCUUCCAAAUAAACAUUUUAAACUUGUUUGUGCAAGAGAUUUAUAUGACCAAAAUCACGAGUUAUUUAAAGUUAUUUACGAUGAAGAUCGAUUUCUUCAAAACAGUAUCCAAGAUAAUUCAAUUUCUUUAAAAGUACUUGAAGAUAUUGGAUUAAAAAGAAAAGUUGAUGAAUACACCUUUAUUAGAUGUGCUGAAGAAAUUGCAAACAAAUUUGAAAAAAAUAAAGAUAAUAAGGAUAAUUCUUCCGUACUUAGAAAUAUUAAAGAGUCAGCAAAAAAGACUGUAUUCUACUUUUAUGAUCAUCGUGAUUUAAAAUUUACUGAAGAAGAAUGGAAUGAAUUAGCAAAUAUUAAAUUUGUUCCAAUUUCGAAAUUUAAAUUUGGCCCAAAUAAAUUUUUAAAUGAUUUAUAUUCUCGUUAUUCUCGUUACGGAGAAGGCAUUGAAAAUGAAUUAGAAUGCUUUAAAAAUUUAUGUCAUCCAAAAUACGUGAAUCUUGCAUGGACACAAUUAGCAUUCUUUGAAGAUGAACCACCUGAAGAAAUUUUGAAAAAAUAUGAGGAAUUUGAAAUACCUCUUGGUGUACCUAAUAUUCCAACAAUCAUUAAUCAUUUAAAAGCAAUCCAAUCAACAGUAUCCAAGUCAAAUGAUUGGAACGAUUUAGGUAAAAUAGGUUCCCGUUUGAUAUUUGAGGAAUUAGGGCAGAUAUAUAAAAAAUUGGAAUUUAUUUGUGAAGAACAAAAAUCUAAUUUUCCUAGAGGACUUAAAAGGCUUCCAAUCUUUUUAAAUGGUACUAAUCCAUUCGAUUCACAAAGUUGGGUUACAGCAACAAAUCUUGAUUUAAGUCUUGAAGAAGAUUUCAGCCCAAAAAGAAGAGCCGUUGCUGAACAUCUUACACAAUAUCAAAACCUUUUAAAAUUAGCUGGUGUAAAUUCUUCUGACAUCCCUGUUUGGAGCAAGCCUGAACCUAAAGAAGAAAAUUCUAGCCAAUUGUCCAAAUCGAUGAUAGAGCUAUUGGAUGAUGGAAAUAAAACACCAUUUAAUAAUGUUUUGUUUAAUAUAAACGAUCAAGAAAUUUAUGCUAAUUCAUCAAUAUUAAUUUGUGCCGUUCCAUAUUUUAGAAAAAUAUUUCUCGAACCUUCACCAACAAACUUUUAUAAUGAAAUAUAUGAAGACAUAGAACCUGAUUCAUUUCGAAUAUUAUUAAGAUGGUUAUAUGGAGAGUCAUUAUCUCAAGCUAUACAAAAUAGCGGAAAGAAAUAUGAUGACGGAUAUUUUCAAAUUUAUCAAGAUUUUUUGAUAGCAUCUCAAAAAUUUGAUCUUAAGUCAAUUAAAGAAUUGGUUGAAUAUAAAUUAGCUAAGUACAUUAGUGACGAUUUAAUUGAUGACAAUUUAGAAAAAAUUAAAGAGUUAGCUGAUGAAUUUGGUUUAGAAGAACUCCUUAAAUAUUAUACGAAACGUAGAUUUGGUUCCUAG